AUGAAACUUAUUCUUAUUGUUUUAAUUAUUGCUCAACUCCAUGGUGCUUUUAGCACUAGUAUUCCUCUGGCAGAACAACGUGGACUUAUGGAUAUAUGGGACUUCAUAAGUCCAGUAGUUGGUCCAAUUGCUGAACAUAUCGAUUCAGCUAUUGGUACAAUUUCAAAUAUUCAUUCUACUGUUACAAAUGCAGUUUCAGGUGCUAUUUAUAGUGUAACAUCAUGGAUUGGUGAUAAAGUUCCAGCACUUGGUAAACGUGAUUUAGAAAAUGAUGCUCGAUUAAGUCUUCUGAGUGAACUUCAAUCAUUUAAACUUUCUUUUCAACAAUCAAUGCUUGAAAUUCUUCAAAGUUUUCUUAAUGGUAAUUUAGCAACUCAAUUUAGACAAUUAAUUUCAAAAUUAAGUACUUUUCUUAAAACACAUUUACAAACUAUUAGAAAAAUGAUAACUGAUUUAAUUCCUCAAAUGCAAAACAAAAUAGCAACUGAAGCUGUAACAAGUGUUUUACAUNCCUAA